CUUUGGAUGGAAAUGGUGGCUAUUUUUGAGUGUCUUGCUUCACCCCCGAGUUUGAUAUAUGUUUGGCACCCUUCUAUUGUGAUGUCAUCCUCUGUGCUCUGUUCGUUUCAGGAUUUUCAGCCCCUCUUUGUGAGUUUAAAAAGAAUGUGUAAUGAUGAGGAGUGUUAAUGCAGAGUCUCAAAGAAGAGAGAGUCAGGCCAAGGGCUUCUGCUCCGGUUUCCAGGAUCAGCUUCGAGGGGUUAACGUCCUUUUCAUGCAAAGCGACGGCGGGUUAACGAGAAUGGACUGCUUCAAUGGGUCAAGAGCAAUUCUCUCCGGUCCAGCAGGUGGUGUUGUAGGCUAUGCCAUGACGAGCUAUGAACAGCUUGGAAACCAGCCUGUCAUUGGCUUUGACAUGGGGGGGACCUCGACCGAUGUCUCACGAUAUGCCGGGGAAUAUGAGCAUGUCUUUGAGAGCACGACAGCUGGUGUGACUAUUCAGGCUCCACAGCUUGAUGUGAACACUGUGGCAGCUGGUGGUGGAUCCCAGUUGUUCUUCCGGUCUGGGAUGUUUGUUGUUGGGCCAGACUCUGCAGGAGCGCACCCGGGACCCGUGUGCUACAAAAAGGGCGGGCCCCUGGCAGUGACGGAUGCAAACCUGGUGCUGGGACGUCUUUUGCCGCACUACUUUCCCAAGAUCUUUGGGCCCCAAGAGAACGAACCACUUGACAAGGACUCGGUUAUUAAAGCCUUUAAAAAGAUUACAAAUGAAGUAAAUGCACAUCGGUCAUCCCAGCAGUUGAGCGUAGAGGAAGUAGCUAUGGGCUUCAUCAGGGUAGCUAAUGAGGCAAUGUGUCGACCUAUCAGAGCUCUUACCCAGGCCAAGGGUCAUGAUACCUCACAACAUGCCCUGGCAGUGUUUGGAGGUGCAGGGGGCCAGCAUGCCUGUGCUGUGGCCCGCUCCCUGGGCAUGAAGACAGUCAUGAUCCAUAAGUAUGCAGGCAUUCUCUCUGCAUUUGGCAUGGCACUUGCUGAUGUUGUCCAUGAGGCCCAAGAGCCAUGUGCCAAGAAUUAUGACCCAGACAACUUUGCAUACUUUGAAUCCCGUCUCACUGCCUUAGAGAAUGAGUGUAAUGAGGCUCUGAUGAGGCAGGGUUUCUCCAAGGCUAAUAUUGCCUUUGAACCAUUCCUCCACCUGCGCUACCAAGGCACAGACUGUGCACUCAUGGUUACGCCUUUGAAGGAGAAGGCAGGGGGUAAACGAAAGUCAUAUUCUUACGUAGAUUUUCAGACGGCCUUUUUGGAAAGGUACAAGAGAGAGUUUGGAUUUGUAAUCGAUGAUCGAGACAUAGUUGUGGAUGACAUCAGAGUCCGUGGGGUUGGAAAGUCUCAGAUAUCAACUGAAGAAAUAUUGCCACAAGCCACAGGGGAACCACUGCUGGAAACAGUGACCAAGGUGUAUUUUGAGGAGGGCUAUCAAGACACAAAUGUCUAUCUUUUAGAGUGCCUGGCACCGGGCCACGUCAUUCCUGGUCCUGCAAUAAUUAUGGACAAGUUGUCGACCAUACUCAUUGAGCCAGGUUGCACAGGCCACAUCACUGCCCAGGGGGAUGUGCGUAUUGAAAUAGGCAGCUUGAAAAAGCACACCAUUGGCACAGAACUCGAUGCUAUCCAACUCUCAAUUUUCUCGCAUCGGUUCAUGAGUUUAGCUGAACAGAUGGGAAGGAUUCUCCAGAGGACAUCCAUAUCUACCAACAUCAAGGAGCGUCUGGACUUUUCCUGUGCGCUCUUUGGUCCCGAUGGAGGCCUGGUGUCAAACGCUCCUCAUAUUCCUGUACAUUUAGGGGCUAUGCAAGAGACCGUGCAGUACCAGCUACAAGCUUUGGGUGAUAGUUUGAGGGAUGGAGAUGUGCUGCUGUCAAACCAUCCUUCUGCCGGUGGCUCCCAUUUGCCCGACCUCACAGUUAUCACACCCGUCUUCCGAAAGGGUGUUCACAAGCCGGUCUUCUAUGUGGCCAGCAGAGGACACCAUGCGGACAUUGGUGGCAUUACGCCAGGUUCUAUGCCCCCACACUCGACCUCCAUCCACCAAGAAGGCGCUGUAUUCCUGACGUUCAAGCUGGUCGACCAGGGGGUGUUUCAGGAGAAAAACCUUAUUGAAGCCCUAAACGCUCCAGGCAAGAUAGAGGGCUCAUCAGGUACUCGCAACCUCAGAGAUAACCUGUCAGACCUCCGAGCGCAAGUUGCUGCUAAUCACAAGGGCAUCCAGUUGGUGAACGAACUGAUUGACUACUACACCCUUGACGUGGUCCAGGCAUACAUGGGCCACAUACAAACGAGUGCUAAGCUAGGGGUCCAGGACCUGCUGCGCGAAGUAGGUUCAAGAGUGCGAUUGAAGACGGGUUCAUCCUCGUUGCAUGCGAUUGAUUACAUGGAUGAUGGCUCACCCAUCGAGUUGAGUGUAGACAUCGAUGUGGAAAGGGGAACGGCUGUCUUUGAUUUCAGUGGAACAGGUCCUGAAGUGUGGGGAAACUGCAAUGCCCCAAGAGCCAUCACAGUGUCCGCUGUGAUCUAUUGCCUUCGAUCCAUGGUUGGCCACGACAUGCCGUUAAACCAGGGUUGCUUGAGCCCCAUCACCAUCAGGAUCCCUCCUGGGUCCCUCCUGGAUCCCUCAGAGGACGCAGCGGUGGUGGGCGGCAACGUGCAGACAUCCCAAAGGGUUGUAGAUGUGAUUCUUCGUGCCUUUGGGGCCUGCGCAGCUUCUCAGGGGUGCAUGAACAACAUAACCUUUGGCGAUGAAUCAGUUGGCUAUUAUGAGACGGUAGCAGGAGGCGCUGGGGCGGGCCCCUCUUGGGAAGGGCGCAGUGGUGUGCACACGCACAUGACGAACACACGCAUCACUGACCCAGAGAUUCUUGAGCGACGUUACCCAGUCAUACUGAACAAAUUUACGCUGAACCCAAACACUGGUGGCCAAGGGAAAUUCAGAGGCGGAGACGGUGUGAUCAGAGAACUUGUUUUCCGUCGUCCUCUAACCCUUUCAAUCCUGACUGAGAGGAGAGUCUUCCCACCGUAUGGAGUGGAAGGCGGGAAAGAUGGAAAGAGGGGAAAUAAUCUGCUUAUAAGGAAGUCAGGACGGACGAUUCGGCUGGGCUCUAAGACGUCGGUUGAAGUGCAGAAAGGGGAUUCUUUCCGGCUACUGACUCCAGGUGGAGGUGGAUAUGGUAUUGCUGCGAACACUGCCCACGAAACCAAGGGAAGCAGAGGCCCCCAUGAACCCCCCCAGAAGAAGCAGAGGCAUGUCGAGAGAGGCAGUGUGUUUGAGUACACACGGGCACAGGAGAGUGUCUAAGCUUCACAGAAUUUAAUGUCUACUAAUAGAUAUAUACAGUGGGAUCUGUUAUGCAGCUGUUUAGCAAUCGGAGAAGUGAAAGAGAAAGAGAGACUUACUGAUUGACUUUUUAUUAGGCUAGGAAACUAUGUAAGUUUGAGGCAGUAAUUACUAUUGUUAAAGCCAGUCAGUCAAAAAUUCUACAAAGCAGAAACUAGAAGCAAUAAUCCCUACAAAUAGAGGUUGAUGCCCAUGCCUAGUAUGUAAUAGUAUGUAUUAAUGUCACUAUAAGCACACUAAUUAGAUAUAUUUCUUGAUAUAUUGAUUGGCAUUAGAUUUUUAAGUAACGUUUGAAAGCACUAUGCAAAUUAUGUAUAAGGAACCGUAUUUAACUGGAUGUAUCACAGUACACAGUCGAGAUGUCUACCCUAGUGAGAUGAAUUUUUUUUUCAUGUAAGAGGGAUGAUUAGCAUUAACACACUAAUUAAUUUAACUUUUUAGCAAUAUAUAGCAAGAUUGCAAAGGAGAUACUAGACACAGUUCCUCAAUAUACUGGUAUUACAUAAGAAAGCAUUACUUAGUUCCUCAAUAGAUUUUAUUACUUAGGCAGCAUUUACAGUGAAAUGUCCAUUAACAACACACUUCAUCUAAUUUGACUAAUUCAUAAGGCUACUAUGCACCCAUAGCUGAUUUUAAAACUUAUUUUAAAAAAUAUUUUGAGGGUAUUGUCAAGAAUUAUUGCACAUUAUAUUAAAGUUAUAAAAGGUUCAACUACAGGAGGCCAAGCUGUGCUGUUUUUGAGAGAGCGUAUCAUACUGCAGGAAUGGAUAAGAAGCCCUCUGGUUAAUGAGAAUUUAGACAGGCAAAAAUGUCCCUUGGGCUAUGAGACUCAUGCUCAUAUUCAGUGACACUGGACACCUUUUCGGUGAUGGCACAGCUCUGAUUGGCUGUGACAUGAGGUAGCUCAAUGAAAGUUAGAACUUUGGGUUCAGCUCUGCCAGAGACACAAGAAGCUCUUUGUGAAAUGUAUCUGGAGUAUUUUUAAAUGCAAGUCUUGGUGAGUCACAAACAGGCCAUUUUAUUUGCACCGGGAAAGCCUCAUUAUAGCCAUAGGUUUGAGACUCGGUAAAGGUGGAGGUACUUUAAUGUUCUAUAUUGUUCUAUAUAUUGUCUUUCUUUGAUACAUUCCUAGGAUGGAGAGAGCUUAGAUCCAUAUAUCUCUCACCAGUUCCAUAAAAUUCAAUUGGGACAUCUCCCUAAAAUAAGUUGGAUGUCGACCACAGCCAUUGGCGAGGAUGGAGCCAGUGGACUGUUCUGUGAAAUAUUAUUGCAUAUAUAUUUCACAACACAGAGACUCGUUUGAAACGAAUAGGAGGUCGAGUUAGAGAGUUCAAAAAAAAAAUUGGGACUGAAAUUAUUGGUUGUGUGAUAUAUAUUUCAUUUUUUAUAUAUAAUCUUUAAAGAAUGUUGUUAACUUAAUGGCCACUGGUGGCAUACUAAUGUGCCAUGUCUACAGUCAUUUUAGAUUAUUAAAUGUGUUUACACAGAAAUGGCACCACAAGUGCUUAGUCAUCAAGGAGUUAGUUAAUAGCAGGCUUUAGUCCUACCCAUCACUACUGUUUACCCUUUUACUUGAUUUUUGGAAAGAUUCCUUUUUAUCUUUUAUUGUUAUAACUAUUUUAAUCAUGUUAUAAUAAUUGUAAUGUCAAUAAUAAUAACACUAAAUGUAUUGAUAGUAUUAGAAAAAAAAAAAAAAUCACAAAUUCAAUUAAUGGGGAAACCAGGUGGGGUCACAAGGGCUGACUAAUUGACUUCUUGGUUAAGCCAUCUGUUUAUAACAAAAUUCACAAAAAACUACAUUGAACAGGAAACGUAUCCACAGCCAUUGGGUUAAUUUCAGAUAACUAAUCUUACAACUGGAUGAAUAUGUAACAGAUUUACUUUGCAAUAUCUCUCACAAAUUGUAUUACACUUGUUUCUCCCAGUGGGAUAUUUACUUGAAAUACGUUGAUUAUAAGUACUACCUCCCGUAUCCUGCAUUACUUGUGUCAUGAACUUAUUAUGGGUGUUUAUCCUCAGUUUAUCUAGCUUUAGUUUACACACAACUUCAGUAUUAAUUAAUUUGUCAUUAAUAGGAGUGUUUCUUUCAUCAGUACCUCUUGGUCCUAGAGUGAAAUAUACCUUUGGUCUGAAUUGUGACUUGUUUUCAUUACUGAAGUACAAAUGCACCAGUACUGGUUCUAAUAUUUUGUGUUUUGUUUUUUGAGAUACCAGCCUUCUCAUGGUUGAAAUCAAUGUACAAAAACCCUACUUCUUGCAUUCUUUACAAAUAAUUGUGUCCUUACUUCUUCCAUUCUUUAGAAAUAACUGCUACCCAGUACAAAGAAAAAAUUAUCCAUAAAAAAUUUAAAACUUCUAGCUUGUUUGUCCCACCAAACACAAAAAAGAAAUGAUUAUUCAUUUCAUUUUGAGAGCUCAAUAUUAUGCACCAGAAAAUGUAUACUUCAUUGCCUUAUCUCAAAUAGGAGUGUCAGUAGAGCACAAAAUUGAAAUAAGUUAUCAUGUAUGAAUGAAAAUGAGGAGAGAUUACUAUGAAUAUGUAAAUAAAACAUAAAACAUUUUCACGUACAACAAUGAAAUAUCUUUGUAGCUGUAUUUUUAUAAGUAUCUAGAUGUAUGAAUAGUAAAAAGAUAAUAUACCAGGAGGUAAUGCUAUGAUACAUCAUAGUAUAUGAGUGAGGAAUGUAGGAGGAGGAAAGGGUCUUGGGUUUAUUGGCUGGAUGAAAUAUGCCAUGCAGCACCAGAAUUACAACUUUUCAUGCAUUGCGGUUCAUUCACAAGAAGGUAGAGCCAGAAUGCAUGAUGUAAUUGGUUUGGGCAGUGGAGAUAUACCAGAGUAAGGGAAUGGGGAGUAAUAUUUUUAUUUGGUUAUGGAUGGAGGACACUUGGCAAACAGUACCAGAUAUUAGUGGACAAUAAUUCGUAAUGGGAAAAGUUGUGGGGGGGAAAAUCCCACCAGUUCUUAAUCAGCCUGCCAAGAGCAUGGUAAAAAUGACUUUAGAGGUUAAUAAUAAGAAAAUGUCAUAUAUGUCUCACAGUAGAAGUGAUUAUUCCCUUUCCAGCUUGAAGUCAGCCUGCUAUAUUUUCUCCAAGGAGGGAGGUGCCCAUACACCUUUUUGAACCACUCACAAGAGCCCCAGGCAACAUGCUGAACCACACAUUGGGGUACACACACAGUCAGCUGCUUAAGGGGAAAAUUAGAAGUGUGGGAAACAAAAUUACCCUGCUCUCUAUGCCCUCCAUGCUCAAUUGAUUAGAUAACAAAGAUGAAAGAGGCUUUAUGCAUACUUUGGACAUCAAGGCAGUCUACCAUGACAUGACUGGAUGUCCUCCGGUUGUGAAUGGGUUAAUAAAGUAUUAACCCACACACACUGGGAUAUCUACGUGCCAUGCCAAGCCACACGCCAGGCUUUAUGUGCUUUCAGUACAGGAAACACAUUUACCUCAGUCUCUACAGUUUUGUCUGUUCUCUGUUUUAGGAAAUGAGGUUAGAAAGAGACUGUAUACCUUAAUCUCAAUCCCCUCAAGGCUAUAAAAAAAAAAAUUAAAAAAAAAAAAAAGCAUAAAUAUUUAGCCUGCAUAUUUUGGAGCAGGCUUGACUGUUAUGGAAUGGGUGCUUUUCUCCCAACAUUUGACCCAGUUUAUUAUGACAUGACUGGAAUAUCAUCCAGUCAGUACAAGAGGGUUAAGGUUUAGUAAUCUUAUGUUUCUUUCCUUUUGUCCAAUAAGGACAGGUGUUUAUUUUUGCAUGUACCUUUACUACCUUUUCAUUUUUCUGAGUACUGUCUUUUUCUUUCUUUUUUUUUUUUCCCCAUUUAUAUUUUAUUAUAAUCUAAGAAUUAAAUAUUGGUGAAGUGCCUAUGUAUUUGCUUAUAUAUAGUUCUGUUAUGUUACUGUAUUGUUAAAAAGUUUAUAAAUAUUAAUGAUUAAAAAAAAAUGUAUGUUUUCAUACAUUAUACAUCACAUACAUGACACACAUGAAACACAUACACACAAAACACAAAUGUUGAAAAUGUCAAGCAACAUAUACAUGGUGUUAUCUAAAUAAAAAUUGUGUAACAUUCAUUAAAA